AUGGACAACUUGCGAAAUCUGUUCGGCCAAGUGUCUGCCAUGACGUCAAUGAAACCAUCAACGGCGAGCCCCUCGUUUUCGGCGACGUCGUCUUCGGCGGGUGGUAGCGGUGGGCCCGGCAGCCGAUCCGGUUCUGUUGGCGGAGGAGUCAAUGGGACCAUGAGAACUCAUAAAGCGGCCGAUCGGGAUAGUUACUACUACAUCAUUUGA